CUGUCUUCUGCUCUGUGUAGGAUUGUGAAGACCCUAGAUUUCCAAAAUGAAUAAAGAUGCCCAGAUGAGAGCAACCAUUAACCAAAAGCUAAUAGAAACAGGAGAGCGAGAGCGCCUCAAAGAGUUGCUGAGAGCCAAAUUAAUCGAAUGUGGCUGGAAGGAUCAAUUGAAGGCACAUUGCAAAGAUGUCAUUAAAGAAAAAGGAUUAGAGCAUGUUACUGUUGACGAUUUAGUAGCAGAAAUCACUCCCAAAGGCAGAGCCUUGGUACCAGACAGUGUAAAGAAAGAACUCUUGCAAAGAAUAAGAACCUUCCUUGCCCAGCAUGCCAGUCUUUAACUUUGAUGUUCAUCUGGGAUACAGUGUUUCUGUAUUAUGUCAAUCAUGUCAUGAUUGGAAUGCAGUUUCCAUACUUAAGGAUGGAAGUCAUUACUUUUUGUAUGAUGAGUUGAAGUUUCUUUGCACUUCAUUGAUUUCUUAAACUUGGUGGUAUUUUAAUAAAAAAUGUUGUGGACUUGUG